UUACGGAGGAGGAACAAAGUGUGCCGCCGAUUCAAGAGCGGGGAGUUAAAAGAGUGUAGAGGGAUCACGGCGAUCGCGCCCGCACACACGCACGUCACGCACGCACGCACGCACGCACGAACGUACGCAUGCACGCAUGAAGGUCCCAUGGCUACCGGAUUGGUAAAGUGGUGGCGAGCAAGGUUCCUCGCUGGCUACAGACCCUUUUCUGUCGUAGGGACCAAUACAGAAGGUAGCGAUUCCGAGGAGUUGCUUACGGGCGUCCCGACGACCUGCAACGUCUCGUCACCACCGACGACGGAGUCGCAACCGAUUUUAAUCUCCCCCGUAGAGUCGCCCCAGGUCGCGGCUGAUAGCUCGGGCGUACCUGCUGGACCUACCAGUAAUGAUGAACAGCCUACCUGCGGUACAACGAAACAGCUUAGUUUUGAGGAAUUCGAGUGCGACGUGUCGGUCGCGGACGGUGACAGGAGGCGGCAGGAGUUCUCUUUCACUCUGUACGACUUUGACGGACACGGGAAGAUCACCAAGGACGACAUAGCUGGUCUGGUGACCACCAUUUACGAUACGUUAGGCGCUUCGAUACAAGUACCGCCGUGCGGCAGUAAGACAAUUAAGGUAAAACUGACGGUGUCGCCGGAUCAGCGGGGCAGCAGCAGCAGCAGCCAGGCGCCGCGCAAUGCCGCUGGCACCUGCCUAAAUGCCACGCAAACAUCACAGACUGCAACGUUCCCCGGUCAUCAGCACCACAACCCGUCCUGCUGCCAUUUGAAACACGCCGCCCCGUGCAGCCACGCAACAGCCGCCACCACUGCUACUCGGCAUGGCGCGAGCAGAGUUCCUAGAAGGAGAAGAGCAACGCGAUAUCGUUGUCAGACUGAGCGAAAAGAAGUGGAUACACAUAGUGAGGACGACGACGAGAACGCCAGAACGAAUCGAGUGCAGCAAGAGGAGCUACGUAGACGAGUCGGUCCGGUGCCCCAUUUACCAUCUCCCUAUUCAAACAGCUCGGAGGGUGAUGUGAGCGAUGAUAGUGACACUUCCCCCGCGUUCUCGCCAUUAACGCCGCUUCUUACGACGAAUCAGAGGAAACGCAGCGGCGCCCUACAAAGACAACAAUUGCUGGAGAUUAUUCAGGCCAAUAUGGAGAAAAAUAAUCUCAGUUUUCAUACAUCAAGAAAACGGCAUCAAAACGAACAAUCACGCAUUCCAUCUCAUAGUCCCCAUGUAGAAACUACGAAUCAUAAUAAUCAGGACUGUCACACGUCUCUAGAGCCUCGUCAAGCGAGCACAAACUAUCACAAACCAAUCCGGGAAAGCACUCAUAAUUCCGUGUCGUUUCCCAAAACGCCGGUCAAGUCGCGAUCGGCGAAUCUCAGAAAAACGCGACACACGACACCGAGGAACAAUGUGACACAUUCCUCUCCCCAGACUUAUACGACGUAUUCGCAAUUAUUGAAUCGUAACGUGAUCGCGCCAACUACCCACAAUGACACGUCACAGCAUACCAACAGUAGCAGCAAUGUUCAUCGCAACAUCGUCAACCUCGUUCCCAAUAAUAAUCAACAAACGGCCAAUCAUCAGACCAUUACCAACAAUCACAACAAUUUGCAGCGCAAUGACGCGCAAUUCGUUCAUACGCAAUGUGGUAGAGCGAGCAAGAAGCAUCAGCUGAAGCACGCCACGCGGGAGCAAGACCAGGCCCGAGCGAUGGCGCAGGUCGUGCGUUGGCUCGAACGUGAAUUCUCGCAAAAUGCGGUGGCGGCCACGUCCAGUCGAAGACACGUCCACGAGCACAUACAUCAUCACUAUCAUCACUAUCACGCCGAGGCUCUGGUUUAAUCGGCACAGCCUCGAAUAUACUCGACUUUCAAGCUUUUUUGAACUUGGAAAUCGUUACAAUACGAUCAAAUAAAUUUUAGAAAGGAAUUCUCGAGGUAUAAUUUGUAUCUACAUUAUUGUUAUUUAGAAAAACGACGUAGUAUUUCAUAUCGCGAAAUAGUUUUUGAAAAUUAUAUCGUAAGGACUCGAUGUGACGCGUUUUAUUUUCAAGUUCUCGUAUAUGCAUCAUGUAUUGAUUAUUUUAGGAAGUCAUGUACUAUGAAUUGUUCAUUGAAUCUCCAAUUUGUCUUCGUGAACAAGGUCGAAUCAAUUUACAUAUCAUUUGAAUAUUUACUUUUAAUUAAUGACGCGCAAUCAUAUAUCUUCAUGUGAGCGACUGAGUUUUUCUCGGGUAUCGACAAGUACAAAUGUUUGCGGUGUUCGUUAGUUUCUUUGUAUAAAUUUAUAAGCGUCGAGAUAAAAUGCAAUUUUUUUUCACAUUGCAAGUAAAACAGAGCACUGCGAUUUACUCGAAGAAACUUUUGUGGAAGACAUGCGUGUUCGAUGUAAAUUACAUAACAUAUAUUAUCUACGCAGGUUUUUUGAGCAAAGAGAUGAUAGUUACUAUAAAUCUCAGGCUUAUGGUACAUACGUCAUAUUACGACGUAAUACGUCAUUAAUGACGAAACGUCAACCGAGUAGGACGCAAUUUAGUGACAGAAUAUGUUUACUGUACAUAUAUUUACGAUCGUAUUUUCUGGAAUUGAAAAACAAUACACAGACUAUUGUGCAAAAUUACAUUUUUGAACGAAAGAAAGAAAAAUGCAGUCGCUUUUUCUCAAUUCAAGUGCGACACGACGGCUAUCCAUCAUUGUACAUAGAAAAUAUCCCAAAGAGAAUCUUUCAAUACACAAGCGUUACGAUUAAGAGAAACAGCCUAGAGUCGUAACAACAGCAAAGCGUUCGAAACAUAAAAGACUCCACUAUAAAUGUUCCUGUAUAACCAGAGAGUUAUAAUUCUCUUUAUCGACGUAGUAUUCCUAGAAAACUCUCGAACGCAACUUUGAUGGUGCUUGUAUACCCGUACAGUCGAGCAAACGCGCAAUUUCGAUAAAAAAAACGCUUGAAUCUCAUAUACAGGGCGUUUCACUUCUAUCAGGUAAUAUUUCAGUAAUGUAUUUCUCGGCCACUUAGAUGAAAUUCUGUUCGGCGGAAAUAUCAGAGUACUGAUAAAAGAUUGAAAGAUAAAGUGCGAUUUAAAAAAAUUUAAUUAAGUUUUAGUAGAAAUCAAGUUAAGCUUUGAAGAAGGGAUGAGACGAUAUUUUGCGACUAAUCUCGCGCUCGCGAGCAAAUCUUGAUAAAAUUUUAACGUCGAGACUUGGUGGUCGAAGGAUGUAUAAUGUUAAAAAUUGAAAGAUUACAAAAUUGUAUUUAUAGGACGAUAAAGGCAACAUUUUCACUCUGAAAUAUGCCUUUAGAAUCAGAAAAGUUGUAAAGUUAGUAUAUGGGACGAACGUCGGGAAUCGAAUCCAGAACACUUUGAGAGUAAUUUCGUAAAUUCAACUUCGUACGAAUCAGCUGUUUUCAAACAAAACGCUUCGUCCCAAUCUGCCAUCAAAGAACGAUGCCUUAGCGGUGGUACACCCUGUAUAUCUUGCUAGUCUUAUAUUACGACAAAUAAAGCUCUCAUUAUCCGCGAAGUACAAUGACUACUUGGAAAGAGAGUGACAAUUGAGUUCUUACUAGUGCCUUGUAAUCUAGAACUCGUUUCGUACUCGCGAAUAUUGGUCCCAUUUUUGCAAAAAUCGAUUAUUUUACUUCUACUCAUCGCACGAGCGAAGACUGUCCCAUAUUUGGGCAGCCUGUAUUUUUCGGAUUUGUCGUUUUAUCAAUACCCGCCGCAGGAAUUUUGAUCGUUAAAUGGCGUAAUAUUUAUUACUAACGCGCGAAGGGAUACGCGUGCGAACGGAUCUAUGAAAAUCGACAAUAUUUCACAAUCGGGUGUCACAAUGAAGAGUAUUACGAUUACCUUUAGCUAUAGCGAUCAAUAUUUACGGUGACCAUACGUCCUUUAUUGUAAAGGAGUCCUUUACUUUAGGUAGCUGUCCUUUAGAUUUAUUUGUUUUUUCAAAAUUCAAU